UCGAACUUUUGCGCCGCCCGAGACCUCCGACCAUUCGACUAAUCCACCACAAAUACCGCAGCAAUGGCCCCAACACGCAGCAACACUUCCGGCAACAAGCUGAAGAUGACCCUCGGUCUGCCUGUCGGCGCGGUCAUGAACUGCUGCGACAACUCCGGCGCCCGCAACCUCUACAUCAUCUCCGUCAAGGGCAUCGGCGCGCGCCUCAACCGUCUCCCCGCCGGCGGCGUCGGCGACAUGGUCAUGGCGACCGUGAAGAAGGGAAAGCCAGAGCUGAGGAAGAAGGUCAUGCCCGCCGUCAUCGUGCGCCAGAGCAAGCCGUGGAGGAGAGGCGAUGGGGUGUUCUUGUACUUUGAGGACAAUGCUGGUGUGAUCGUCAACCCCAAGGGUGAGAUGAAGGGAUCGGCUAUUACGGGACCUGUGGGUAAGGAGGCUGCGGAGCUUUGGCCGCGUAUCGCCUCCAACUCCGGUGUUGUGAUGUAAAAGGCAGUCCCUCGAUUUCGCAAAGCUUUUUUCAAGAAGACAAGAUGGAGUCCGUCGUCCUUUGAUGAUGAUAAGCAUUGGGGGAGCCGGCGUUGUAGCUAGACAGACAUGCUAGCACCCGGGUGUUCUCUUUUCCUCGUCGACGAAUCGAACGAAAAGAGCGCGCCGGGAAAUGAAAUCAGGCGCGGUUGUUUUCUGAGCUCUCAUGAAUGGACACUCUUCUGCUCA